AUGGCUGUCUCUAUGGUUUCUCCCCGCGCGAGCCGCGCGCUCUUGUUCCUUGGAAUCGUCGCCUGCGUGCUCAUCCCGCCGCUCGUCCACGCUGUCGAGACGUGCGGCUGGGAUCCCGAAUCCGCGGAAGCCAAGGAAUGGCAGGGCGAGUUCUUCCAAGCAAUCCCCAAGAUUGUCUACGAAGGCCCAUCGUCGCGCAACACUUUCGCCUUUCGCUACUACAACGCGGAUGAGGUCAUUCUCGGCCGUCCGAUGAAGGAAUGGCUGCGAUUCGCCGUGGCGUUCUGGCACACGUUCCGCGGCGACGGAUCCGACCCGUUCGGCUCCCCCUCGAAGCACUGGCCGUGGGAGGACGGCACCAACUCUCUCGCCAUGGCUAAGCGCCGCAUGCGCGCGGCGUUUGAGUUCAUGUCGAAGCUCGGCGCGCAAUACUGGUGCUUCCACGACCGCGACAUCGCGCCGGAAGGCGCAACGCUCGCGGAAACCAACGCGAAUCUCGACGAGGUGGUUGCGCUCGCGGCGGAGCUGCAGGCGCAGACGGGCAUCCGCCCGCUGUGGGGCACGGCGCAGCUGUUCAAGCACCCGCGGUACCGCCACGGCGCCGCGACCAGCCCCGUGGCGAGCGUCUUCGCGUACGCCGCGGCGCAGGUGAAAAAGGCGAUGGAGGUGACGCACCGCCUGGGCGGCGACAACUACGUGUUCUGGGGGGGACGCGAGGGGUACUCGAGCUUGGUUAACACGGAUAUGGGACUUGAGUUGGACCACCUAGCGCGAUUCCUCGCCAUGGCUGCGGAGUGGAGAGAGAAAUUAGGGUUCAAAGGCACGUUGUUGAUGGAGCCUAAGCCGCAGGAGCCGACGAAGCACCAGUACGACUGGGAUGCCGCCACCACGUUAGGGUUUCUCGUGCGCUACAAUCUCACGCGGCUCGACGCGGCUACAGGCACGCUACAGCCGUUCAAGCUGAACCUGGAGUGCAACCACGCGACGCUGGCGGGACACAGCUGUGAGCACGAGCUGGAGACGGCGCGCAUCGCGGGCGCGCUGGGCGGCGUGGACGCGAACACGGGCGACGCGCAGACCGGGUGGGACACGGACGAGUUUCUGACGGACCCCGCUGCCGCAACGCGCGUGAUGCUGGCGAUCGUGCGCAACGGCGGGCUGGCGCCGGGGGGGAUCAACUUCGACGCGAAGCUGCGAAGGGAGAGCACAGACGUGGAAGACCUGUUCAUUGCACACAUCGCGGGCAUGGACGCGCUCGCGCGCGGGCUGCGCAGCGCCGCUGCUAUUAUCGAGGCUGGGGACCUGGACAAGCUGGUGCAGGGGCGGUAUGCCAGCUGGAAGGAGGGGAUUGGUCCGCGGAUUGAGAAGGGCGAGGUGGGGUUUGAGGAGCUGGAAGCGGCAGUGUUGGCGGAUGGCGGUAAGGAGCCCGAGGUGGGGUCAGGCAAGCAGGAGCUGGCGGAGGCACUGUUUCACCGCUUUGUGUGA